AUGGGGAACGGUGUCGGAAAGCUGAAGUUCUGCUUCGCCGGAGACGCGGGGGAUAUAUCAGGCCGGCGACACGACAUCGCCGUCUACAUCUCCGAUCACCUCGACGAGGGCUUCGGCCACUCCUUCUGCUACUUCGGCCCCGACCCGAAUGACUCCGCCUCCGCCGCGCAGACGACGGCGUCGUCGUUUAAGACGAUCUCCGGCGCUUCUCUCAGCGCCAACACGUGCACGCAGCUCUCUACUCUGAUCAUCAGCAAGGCCUCUCUCGACAAAGCGUCGUCGUUUCAGAGCUCCGACUCGUUCACCGCCAUACCUCUCCAGCCAAUUCCCCGGAACUCGAUUCCCUCCGUCCGCUCCGGCCCGAUUCCCCGCACCGCCGGCUCAAUGUCCGGUCCAGUCGAACGGUGGUUCUUGUCCGGCCCGAUCGAGCGCAGCCUGAUCUCCGGUCCCCUGGAAAACCAGUAUGACCACAUUCAAAGGUACAAACCGAGCUCCAAAAAAUGGAGUUUGAUCAAGCGUCUUAAGCUGAUGAUCGCGAAUUCGAUCACUUUGCCGGCGGGACAGCCAAAAGGAUGGGAUUGGGCUACUGGGUUGGAGAAGAACAAUGAGAAUGUGACGGUGAGUAGUCAAACGAGCUUGGCUGAUGAGAGCGAUGAGUCCUUCGAGAGUUCGAGCGUUCAGUGGGCGCAGGGAAAGGCCGGCGAAGAUCGAGUUCACAUCGUCGUCUCCGAGGAAGACGGUUGGGUUUUUGUCGGGAUCUACGACGGGUUUAACGGCCCGGACGCCACUGAUUUUUUGCUCAGUAAUCUGUACUCCAACGUUCGGAAGGAGCUCAAGGGAUUGCUAUGGGAUGAUGCUUCUGAAACGGCCAAAAAUUCUGCUGCCAUGGAGAUGGAUAAGGUGGCUCAAGACGAUGAAUUCGAUCAGUCAGUGGUUGCGGAUCAAUUGUUUGAUAAUGGUUCCCAGUGGCUUGGACAAGAAAAUCACCCCUGCAGAAAGAAACGGAGGAAGUCAAUGAAUAGCCAUUGGAGGUGGAAGCGAGAAUGGGAGAGGGAAAGAUCGGAGCUUGAUAGGAUUUUGAAGGAGAAGUCGAGGUAUUCGGGUUGUACGAAUAGGCACUCAGAUGUUCUUAAAGCGCUUUCAGAGGCGUUGAGGAAGACGGAGGAGUCGUAUCUGGAGAUAGCUGAUCUGAUGUUAAUGGAGAAUCCGGUGUUGUCUUUAAUGGGUUCGUGCGUUCUGGUGAUGUUGAUGAAGGGGGAAGACGUCUACUUGAUGAAUGUGGGGGAUAGCCGGGCUGUUCUGGCUCAGAACCCCGAACCCGAUAUCGGGAUCGGCAAGGCAGGCCGGCCGGACUUGGAGAGGAUCAAGGAAGAAACGACGAAUGAUCUUGAAGCAUUCGAUGGCGACGAAUUCAGUCCACUCACAACCUUGGAUGCCCUUCAGCUCACAGUUGAUCACGGCACCUCCAUGGAAGAGGAAGUGAGGAGAAUCAAGAAGGAACAUCAGGACGAUGCCACUGCAAUAGCCAACGACCGGGUGAAGGGCUCACUGAAGGUCACUAGGGCCUUUGGUGCCGGAUUUCUCAAGAAGCCUAAAUGGAACGAUGCACUUCUAGAGAUCUUCAGAAUUGACUACGUGGGUAACUCCCCAUACAUCAACUGUAUCCCCACUCUCCACCACCAUAGACUCGGCCCAAGAGACAGGUUCUUGAUCCUGUCCUCCGAUGGACUCUACCAGUACUUCACCAACGAAGAAGCCGUCUCUGAAGUUGAGAUGUUCCUCUCUUCCCGCCCAGAAGGCGAUCCCGCGCAGCAUCUUGUUGAAUUAGUUCUAUCUCGAGCUGCGAAAAAAGCUGGCAUGGAUUUCCACGAGUUGCUCGACAUCCCACAAGGCGAUCGUCGCCGCUACCACGACGACGUAUCCAUAAUCAUCAUUUCCUUCGAAGGAAGAAUGUGGCGAUCAUCCCUGUAAAUAGCAACAAUAUAUAUAUAUAUAUAUAUAUAGACACACACACACACACACAGAAUCAGAAGACGGGAGAAUAAAAGUAUUUUGCUCCAUUUUUCUCCACAAUGUAAAGCUUCAAGAAGUUGCAGAGAUGGCUCGUUCAUGCAGCAGGCUGCUGCCAUUCCAGAGUUUUGAGCUAUAGGUUUCUUCUCUUUAGAUUAGAUCACUGUAAAAACCUAAAAGGGUUUCAUGAGUUUUCCCCUUAUUGGUCCAAUUUCAUUCAUUUGUUAUAUAUAUAUAUAUAUAUAUAUAUCUACAUUCUCCUA